AUGGAAUCUCACGUACAACGCCUUGUCGAUCAGACAUGGGGCAAGUUUCAGAAGUGUGAUGGCUCACAACGCCUCUUGAUCGCCAUCUCUGGGAUUCCAGGGUCAGGGAAAACUACUCUCGCCGCCUCCGUCUGUGCUGGACUCAACAAGGCAUACCACACACACUACCAUGAGAAAUACCCCAAUAGUCCAGACCGUUCGCAACCAGAUAUCGCCUUCGUCGUCCCGCUCGACGGCUAUCACUUAACUCGCAAACAACUCUCCGAAAUGCCCAAUGCCGAAGAAGCGGUCUUCAGACGUGGCGCGGCAUUCACGUUCGACCCGCACAGCUAUCUGGAUAUGGUCGAGAAAGUCCGGAGACCCAUUGAACCGGAGUCGCGCACGAUCUUUGCCCCCAGCUUCGACCAUGCAGUCAAAGAUCCCGUCGCAAACGACAUUUCCAUCCCGCCUACCGCGCGGAUUGUCAUAUUCGAGGGCCUCUACACAGCUCUGGACGAGGACGGAUGGCGUGACGCCCAUGCCCUCAUGGAUGAGACCUGGUUCGUCGAUGCAGACAUCCAAACUGCCACCGAGCGAGUGGCGAAACGGAACUACGCCGCCGGGAUCUCAAGUUCUUAUGAGGAAAGUCUCGACAGGACCGAGAAAAGCGACAUGCGGAAUGCGAGGGAGGUUCUGGAGAAGAGGCUCCCCGUGCAGGAGAUUGUGCCCAGUGUGGAGGACGAGAGCUGGAAGAGCGAGGAGGUCGACAACAUGGAGAAGAACUUGAGGCAGCUGGAGGAUAACGGCAUCGAAGUCGAUGCUGAUGACGAUGAGGAGGAUGGCGCAGAUCUCAGAAAGCAGAGGAUGAGCAGAAUGGAUAGCAUUGCGUUGCUGGCGGCGGACGGGGUGGGCAUGUGA